UUCAAGAUGGAUGUGGAACAUGUGAAGGCGAAGAUCUCAGUUUGGUGGAACAUUAACGACUGUAAAUUUCCAACAAACCCCGAGUAUGUUAAAACCAUUGCUAACAACAUUCGCUUAGCUCUGUCGAAAGCAAACCUUCUUGGAGAACUUUCCAUUUCAGCUUACGGAGACACCAAUCUCAUCGCCAGUGAAAUUCUAAACGCGCUUUCCUCCACAGGCAUCUCCGUCCAUCACGUCACUAGCGUCUCUGAUAGUUACUUUGAUGAAUGUUACAAAAAGAUUAUUACUGAUAUGUCACUGUGGGCUCUAGGUAACCCUAAUGCUAAUGUUUUGUUGAUAUUUGCUAAUGGAGGUAAUGCUGUACCAAUUAUCUCAAGGGCUCUUGUUAAACUUUCUAUGAAAAACCACAACAUUCUCCUUGCUAUACCAUCACAAGUUGAUGCAUCCCUCACUGACACAGCCAAUAUCGUUUGGCUCUGGCCCGCACUCUUUUCUGGUGAGGGCCCUAUGUGCAUUGAAGAGUGGUCGUCGGAAGAACAAGUGCAGAAGCAAGCACCAGGCGGGGAAAGUGACGUCUAGUGUCAUGGAAAAAAAAUUGG